GCGGCCCUCUCCUGACAGGGGCUCGUCUGCGGGACUACGCGGCGCCGGGUCCGUCCCUGUGGCCCGCGGGCUCCCCGCCCCCCGCACCAUGGAGCCCGAGCUGGCGGCCCCGGAGCAGCCACGCCUGCGGAGGAGAAGCCGCCGGACCUCGGGGCUCGGCGCGGAUGGCGCUGAGGGGCCAGCGGACACCCCGGGGCCGGCGCCCUCGGGCAGGUACUCCCUUCGGAGGGGCAACUCCUUCACGUUUUUAACACCUGGCCCCCAUUGGGAUUUCACUUUGAAGAGAAAACGAAGAGAGAAAGAUGAUGACGUUGUGAGCCUCAGCAGCCUGGAUCUGAAGGAGCCAAGUAAUAAAAGAGUUCGACCUCUAGCUAGGGUCACAUCCUUGGCAAAUCUAAUCUCUCCUGUGAGAAAUGGGGCAGUCAGGCGCUUCGGUCAGACAAUCCAGUCAUUUUCCCUUCGUGGAGAUACCCGAUCUCCGGCUUCUGCCCAGAAAUUGUCGAGCAGAUCCACAGUCCCAAUGCCUUCCAGGAGGAGAAGCAGCGUGCUGUGGUCGGAGAUGAUGGAUGUCAGCAUGAAGGAGUCUAUGACUGCCAGAGAGAUCAAGCGGCAGGAGGCAAUAUAUGAAAUGGUCCGAGGAGAACAGGAUUUAAUUGAAGACCUCAAGCUGGCGAGAAAGGCCUACCAUGACCCCAUGUUAAAGCUGUCGAUCAUGUCUGAAGAGGAGCUCACCCAUCUGUUUGGCGAUCUGGAUGCUUACAUCCCUCUGCACGAAGAUUUGUUGGCAAGAAUAGGAGAAGCAACCAAACCAGGUGGGACCGUGGAACAGAUUGGUGACAUUCUUGUGAAUUGGUUACCACGCUUGAAUGCCUACAGGGGCUACUGUAGUAACCAGCUGGCAGCCAAAGCUCUUCUCGAUCAAAAGAAACAGGAUCCGAGAGUCCAAGACUUCCUCCAGCGCUGUCUGGAGUCUCCGUUUAGUCGGAAACUAGAUCUUUGGAGCUUCCUAGAUAUUCCUCGAAGCCGGCUAGUCAAGUACCCUCUGCUGUUAAGAGAGAUUCUGAAGCACACUCCGAAGGACCACCCUGAUGUUCAGCUUCUGGAAGAGGCUAUCUUAAUCAUACAAGGCGUUCUUUCCGAUAUCAACCUAAAGAAAGGCGAAUCAGAAUGCCAGUAUUACAUUGACAAACUGGAAUAUCUGGAUGAAAAGCAAAAGGACCCUAGAAUUGAAGCAAGCAAAGUGCUACUUUGCCAUGGGGAACUGAAGAAUAAAAAUGGACACAAACUUUACAUAUUCCUGUUCCAAGACAUCUUGGUUUUGACUCGACCUGUUACACGGAAUGAGCGUCCCUACUACCAGGUGUACCGGCAGCCGAUUCCAGUGCAGGAGCUGGUCUUGGAAGACCUCCAGGACGGAGAUGUGCGGAUGGGGGGCUCCUUCCGAGGGGCUUUCAGCAACUCGGACAAAGCUAAAAAUAUCUUCCGAGUUCGCUGCCAAGACCUCUCUCCCGGCCAGUCACACACGCUGCAGGCCAACGACGUGUUCCACAAGCAGCAGUGGCUGCACUGCCUGCGGGCUGCCAUUGCCCCCACCCAGCCGGCCACCAGCCCCGGCGAGCUGCAGGGCCUGCCCGAGCUCCAUGAGGAGGGCGAGGAGAACGAUCCCUCUGCUGGCAACAUCAGAGCCCAGAAAAGGGCGUCCACCACCUCCACAGCCACCCAUCCCCACAGCACAGGGGGCACGGCAGAAUUUAACUCCCCACUGCAUGCAGCAGACAGCACACGGGCCGUGAGAGGCCACCGAGCCCUGGCUGGGGCCCGAAGAUCAAGGGACAAGGGCCACUUCAGUGGCAAACGGAAAGAGACCCUGGUGUAGAGGGAGCGGGGGCGUAUUUAUAAGUGUACAGUUGAUUCCCGUGACAUGGCAUGGCGGCAGCAGGGGCUCACUGCCAGUCUUCUGGGUUCUAGGCUUGGGGUUGGUUUGGUGGUUCACUUUCUUUUUUACUGGCAG